AUGGUCGGUUAUCACCCGGAGCCGAUAAAUGGACAACUUCCUCUCACAUCCACCGAAUACAGGUAAAUCUAGAUUUUUAGGCAGGGAAUUGAUUUAAAAAAAUCCAUUUUUUGCAGUGAAGCUGGGAUGGCUAGUGGAAUUGUGACUCGGAUGAUAAUUCAGCCGCUGGACGUGCUGAAAAUUCGGUUUCAGCUGCAAGAGGAACCGAUUCGAGGCUUUAAAUCGGGGAAAUAUAAGGUUGGUGGGGGGAAAUUUGAAAUUUUUGUUUUGAAAAAUCAUGUCAGCCGAAGGAGCAUGAUCCCAUGGUGAAAAUUUGCACAAAAAGAUUUUUAAAAUAAAAAUUCAUGAGUUACGGUAACUUUUUGAUCAUUUUUCAAAAAAUUGGUAUUCAUCUCAAAGUUGACGAAAAUAAUCGAUCAAAAAAUGAUAUCGUAGCUAAAAAAUUCAAUUUUUCAAUAAAAUUAGGAAUUUGUCAAAUCCCAACCCGGCUCAUAAUAGUAAUAUUUAUGUUAGUUAGAAAGAAACUAAAAACAACAAUAAUAAUAUUUAGCGUUCUCCUUUUAUAGCAUAGUUUGUUGUGAUGAUACAUCCUUCAGUCGAACAUUACGAUUUGUCAUACAAACAUUCCCUCCCUGCCUGGGUCACCAUGUCAAAUCCCAACCCGGCUCAUAAUAGUAAUAUUUAUGUUAGUUAGAAAGAAACUAAAAACAACAAUAAUAAUAUUUAGCGUUCUCCUUUUAUAGCAUAGUUUGUUGUGAUGAUACAUCCUUCAGUCGAACAUUACGAUUUGUCAUACAAACAUUAUUUUUGAUGAAUAUGUUUUCUUUCUGUUGAUCAGAAGAUCAACACACUCCUAACAGAAAAAAGUGAAGGUGUAGGUUGUUUGUCAUGCUCAGCUAUACAUAAAUAUAAGUUGUACCAAAUGAAUAAAUCCAAAAUGGCAAGUAAUAUAUUCCGUCUGUUCUUUUACUGUUGCUUGUGAUAGCAACACCCUCCUAACAGAACAAGUGAAGGAGGAUGACGUUUCCGAUUCAAAUUCGAGUAGAUUCCAAACAUGUGAAAACGAAGCAAGAGGGUUGUAGUGAUUCCAAAUUUACUAUCAGUUGAGAAUAAAUAGUCCGAUGCAAAUGCAAUAUAUAUCUUUCCGAGUCGACAAAAAUGUUUUCUGGUGAAAUGAUGUGGUAGGCAAUGUAGGCAAAAAAGUAAGCAAAAUAGUCCAGGUAGGCAUUUUCCGAUGCGCUAAGUGACAAGUUCAAUAUUGGUUCCAAGUUCAAUAUAAGUUCCAUGUUGGAGGUCAAAUCCAAGCAUUUUUUAGUUGGAGGUCUAAUCCAACUUCAUUUUCCAAAUAGCUUCCGCUAGUGGAUCUCAGGGUCCUCCACAACACUCCAGGCCAAUUGCAUUUUGUAUACUCCGAUUGAUAGAAGGAGAUGGAUGUCGGGUUUUCAUUUUAUCUGAUCUUCUGUUUUUCGGAAAUAGUAUUGUUCUCUAAUAAUUGUGUCAUAACUCUUGGUUCUUCGUGGUCUUCUGACUUCUUCGGUUGAUAGUUGGUAAUUUUUCGAAUAUAGAUUUUGGCGAAUCGGGAACCGGGUUGAGCUAACGUAAGGGUCACCAUGUCAAAUCCCAACCCGGCUCAUAAUAGUAAUAUUUAUGUUAGUUAGAAAGAAACUAAAAACAACAAUAAUAAUAUUUAGCGUUCUCCUUUUAUAGCAUAGUUUGUUGUGAUGAUACAUCCUUCAGUCGAACAUUACGAUUUGUCAUACAAACAUUCCCUCCCUGCCUGGGUCACCAUGUCAAAUCCCAACCCGGCUCAUAAUAGUAAUAUUUAUGUUAGUUAGAAAGAAACUAAAAACAACAAUAAUAAUAUUUAGCGUUCUCCUUUUAUAGCAUAGUUUGUUGUGAUGAUACAUCCUUCAGUCGAACAUUACGAUUUGUCAUACAAACAUUCCCUCCCUGCCUGGGUCACCAUGUCAAAUCCCAACCCGGCUCAUAAUAGUAAUAUUUAUGUUAGUUAGAAAGAAACUAAAAACAACAAUAAUAAUAUUUAGCGUUCUCCUUUUAUAGCAUAGUUUGUUGUGAUGAUACAUCCUUCAGUCGAACAUUACGAUUUGUCAUACAAACAUUCCCUCCCUGCCUGGGUCACCAUGUCAAAUCCCAACCCGGCUCAUAAUAGUAAUAUUUAUGUUAGUUAGAAAGAAACUAAAAACAACAAUAAUAAUAUUUAGCGUUCUCCUUUUAUAGCAUAGUUUGUUGUGAUGAUACAUCCUUCAGUCGAACAUUACGAUUUGUCAUACAAACAUUAUUUUUGAUGAAUAUGUUUUCUUUCUGUUGAUCAGAAGAUCAACACAGAAUUUAGCUCGAAAAAACAUUUUGAAACGGAAAAAACACAAAAAAAUUCAAAAGUUGCAGUUUCACCAAUCAGAUAAAAUUAAUGUAGAGCGAAAAUAGUGUGUUUUUUCCAUUUCAAAAUUUUUUUCGAGCUACAUUUUUAAUUUUUUUGAAAAUCCGAAGUUUUCACCUACGAAAUCAUUUUUUGAUCGAUUAUUUUCGUCAACUUUGAGAUGAAUACCAAUUUUUUUGAAAAUAACGUUUUUUUUUUGAAAAAUGAUCAAAAAAUUACCGUAACUUAUGAAUUUUUAUUUAAAAAAUCUUUUUUGUACAAAAUUUAACCAUGGGAGCAUGCUCUUUCAGCGAUUCCCAAGGCACUUUGAAAAAUUUUCAUUGUGAAUUUUUUUCAAGAAAUUUUGGAAAAUCUUGAAGUUUUUUUUUUUGCUUUUGCAGCAUGUUAAAUUGAAAAUGAGUUUUCAAGUUUCUCGAAAUAAAUUCCAGAAUUCUCAAGGAAAAUAAAAAAAAGUUUAGAAACUUUUUUUUCUUUUUUAAUAGUAGAAUAGUAAUAUUAUUGAUCCCGAAUAAACUAGCAAGGCUUUGACUUCGAAUUACAUUCGAAUUGAUGUGUAGAAUGACACUAGAAUUGAUGCGCAGAUUAUUAGAAUAUAUAUAACUGUCAUCAUGUUGAGUUCAAAGAAUAUCGUUUGCAAGUUUAUUAUAUUGACGGUGAUUCGUCCGAUUUGAUAAAUCCGGUUACGAAUCGCGGAAACUUGGGUCUCUUGAUUGUGGAGGAUCAGUUGAAUAUAGAACCAUUUCAAUUGUUGUUGAUUGUUGAGAAUGGCGUGAAAAUAUGUCAUUUGUAUAAACAUGACGUUGUACCGGCUGUUAUCACUCGCACCAUUUUUCCCUGAUAUACCCUAGGUAAAUUGAGCAACCGACAUUUUACUGGUUUUUUUCGCCGAUUCGCUUCUUAUCAGUUAAAAAUUAUGAAACCUGGGUCAAAAUUCAUCGAUUUUAACUGGUUUCCCCACAUGAAUUCACCAAUUUACCUUUAUUCAGGGAGUUGUUCAAUCGGUCAUCCUAAUCUCAAAAGAAGAAGGACAUCGUGCAUUUUGGAAAGGACACAUUCCAGCACAAGGCCUGUCAGCAAUUUACGGUUUGGUGCAAUUUUCAAGUUUCGAAUGGUUGAGUCGCGAAUCGGGAAGGAUAUUCAGGAUCGAUGAGGAGAAUCAGGCGGCCAGGUCGACUUCGGAUUUUAUGUGUGGAGCGCUGAGUGGAUGUUUGGCGAUGACGGCGGUAGGAUUUUUGAAAAUUUGUGAUUUGGCGCUACUCUGCGUCUCUACAUCUUCUCUCUCUCUGCCUUCUAGAGCAAGAGUAAGAGUCUCUUGAUUAGAGACAGGGUUGGCCAUUUCGCCUCUCUCGCCCGGCGAAGAGGCGAAAUGGCCAACCCUGGUUAGAGAUAGAGGAAGAGUUAGAGACACAGAGAAAAAUUUGGACAAUUUUGAACCUCAAAACGCAAUUUUUUUCAAAAUAACAUGAGCAAUGUUAUUUACUCUGCGUCUCUAAGGUCCUCUUUAUCUCUGGCUUCUGUUCUUCCUGGCUAGAGAUAGAGCAAGAAUUAGAAACGCAGAGAAAAGUUGCUCAUGAUAUAUAAAAGCUUAUGUUAGUCCUAAUGUGCCAUGUGGCAAUCUGAAUCUAAAAAAAUUUCAUUCAAAUUUUCUAAUAAAAAUUAUCGCCACGUGGAAUAUUUUCGGACCAAACAUGAAAAUUUUACGAUGUAAUUAUUUUUUGUUUUUGAAAUCAAAUUUGAAAAUCAAUGAUUUUGGCGCCCAAAAGUUUGCCACGUCAUCAUGAAAAAAAACGUUGCAGGCAAUGCCACUCGACGUCAUCCGAACUCGUCUCGUCGCCCAAAAAUCCGGCCACGUCGUCUAUUCUGGCACGUGGCACGCAAUGCAACAUAUUUGGCGAAAAGAGGGUGUGGCCGGCUAUUUUAGAGGAUGGAUUCCGAGUGUUGCUCAGGUUAGUUAAGGGGACUGGGAAGGGCCUGAAAUAGGCCUAUUGAAAGCCCAAAUAGGCCUCAAGCCUAAGCCCAGAGCCUAAAAAGGGUCUAUUAUCGAUUUUUCCCAGAUCGCUCCAUUCACCGGCAUGCAAUUCGCCUUGUACAAUUGUUUCAUGGACCUGUGGCCAUUUUUGGAGCACGAUUCGACGGGUGCACUUUUUAGCGGAGCAAUGGCGGGCACAGUUUCCAAAACGGUAAGUGUGUGCCAGGAUUGCAGAAAAAGGGCGUGGCCUAAUUUUCAAAAUGAAAGACGCUAGGGCUUAUGGGGUGUCUAAAUGAUACAAAAACCGUGCCGCAGAUUGCAAAAGUAGGCGUGGCCUAAUUUUUUGAAGAAACCCAGGCUUAUCCUAUUUCAAUAACCACGCCGCAGAUUGCAAAAGUGGGCGUGGCCUAAUUUUGGAAGAAACCAGGCUUAUACUAUAUCAAAAUGAUCCAAUUCCCUUUCCGAAAACCAUGCCGCAAAUUGCAAAAGUGGGCGUGGCCUAAUUCUCCUCCAAAUCUUGCAGGUUCUCUACCCCCUCGACAUGGUCCGACACCGUCUUCAAAUGAACGGUUUCGAGCGUAGCGGGUUCGGAAAAACGAGUAAUUAUAGUCAGGGCCUCCUCAACACAGUAAUGAUGGUAGGUCGAAAAAGUGUGUGCCGCAAAAUUGCAAGCCCCGCCCCAUUUUUUUGCAGGUGGUCCGCAACGAAAGUUGGCUGGGACUAUUCAAAGGCCUGUGGCCGAGUCAAAUCAAAGCGGGUGCGAAUUCGGGAUGCGCAUUUCUGUUCUACGAGCUGUUUUGCGAUCUGAUUCGCAGUAAUAAGUAUCAGUCGGGAUAGGGUGAGGGGCUUUUAGGGGCUUUUGGGGGGCCUAAGAGGGCCUUGGGGGAGUCUGGGGGGCCUUGGGGGAGUCUGGGGGCCUAAGAGGGCUUUUGGGGGGAGUCUGGGAGGCUUCAGAGGGCUUUUGGGGAUUUAGGGAGGCUUCAUAGGGCCUUGGGGGAGUCUGGGGGCCUAAGAGGGCCUUGGGGGAAUCUGGGAGGCUUCAGAGGGCUUUUGGGGGGAGUCUGGGAGGCUUCAGAGGGCUUUUGGGGAUUUAGGGAGGCUUCAGAGGGUCUAUCGGGUUAUCUGGAGGUUUAAGGGCCUUCUGAAAACCCUUAGAACCCCUUAGAAGCACUUAGCAAUCCUAAGGAAUCUUAAGGAACCCUAGGAAACAUCUGGUGACCCUAAGGAACCUAUGGAAAUCCUUAAAAGCCCUUAGCAACUCUAAGGAAUCCUAGGAGACAUCUGGAAACUUCUGGAAACCCUUAAAAGCCCUUAGCAACCCUAAGGAAUCUUAGGGAAUCCUAGAAGACAUCUGGAAACCCUUAAAAGCCCUUAAAAGUCCUCAGCAACCCUAAGGAAUCUUAAGGAAUCCUAGAAGACAUCUAAAAACGUCUGGAAACCGUUAAAAGCCCUUAGAACCCCUAAGGAACCCUUGGAGACAUCCGGAAACCUCUGGAACCCCCUAAAAGCCCUUAGCAACCCUAAGGUAAAAACCUAACGCUUCAAUUUUUGCAGGUAAACUCUCGCUCAAUCUUCAGUUGCCUAGGUUACCCCCAGCAAUAUUUUUUUUGUUUUUUUUAAUUUUGUAGGUUGUUAGAUGUAUAUGAACGUGUUUUUUUUUCGAAUUUUCUGUGCCAGGCUUGCUGAAAAGGGGCGUGGCCUAAUUUUUCUUUUUUUUUGUUUCUCUCAACAACAACAACAACGCUUUUGUCCGAAAGGUACUACAGUACCCUUCGAGAAUUUAAAGGAACACGUGAUUUCAGGAUUUUUGGUCUCGACACAUGCCACCGCAUUUACCGUAUCCAAGUUGGUUUUUGGUGUUGCGGCGGAUCGAGCGUCGAAUUUGCGCAUUUUCACCGGUGGAAUAUUCAUAUGCGCUCUAGCGACAAUCGGAUUGGGUACGGUAUUUUGGGAAUUGAUUUUUGAUCUACAGUACUAAUUUCCAGCAUUCUCUACCGUAUUCUCGCAAAUGCUGGUAGUCAUGUUUUUGAUUGGUUGUAUGCAGGGAGCUGGUUGGGUUCCUGCCACGAAAUUGUUGGCGCAGGUACAGUCUACAGUACCCCCAUGAGACUAUUUACAGUACUGUUUCCAGAUCUUCGAUGAUUCCCAAUAUCCCACAAUGUUCUCGAUUCUUGGAUGUGGGAGUACUGUAGCUGGCCUACUCCUACCGUACCUUAAGACAUUUUACUGGCGGACGAUUCUGUUCAAUAUGGCGUUGGUUUUUGCGAGUGUCGCGGGAGUCGCGCGAUUUUUUGUGGUUGAGGAAGCGAAGGCUGAAAAAGUGGCGAGAACUCAUCAGCCAGCAAGAAUUCGUGACAUUGUCGCGUCGCCGGUGACGUGGCACAUUGCCGCGAUCUAUUUCUUCUCGAUGGAAAUGCGAACUGUCGCGGAAACGUGGAUACCGUUCAGCCUUGCGGAAAAUUCGAGUGGAUUUCAGGUUGCUUAUGAGUUGGGUGGAUUGGUGGGAACAUUGGUUUCGGGAGUCGUUGUGGAGAGAAUGUGGGCGACAAGGAGAGUCGCUGGGUAUUCUGCGACUGUUGCGAUGAUGGUUUAUGCGUUGAUGAUUUGGAGAUGGAAGGUGAGAAACUUGGGAAUUCAAGAAAUGAAAAGGUGUUACGUGUACAACGUAAACUUGUGCAUACGCCAAAGUGUCUUAAAGUGCGACUGGAACGUCGCCAGAACGUUGAAAUUUCGGUAAAAUAUACUUUUACAAGUACAUAUUUUAUAACGUUCGUAUUUGGAAGUGGAGCUUUUCACAAUAACACAAAUUUGAAUAUUUUCAAAGUCAAAAUAGAUGGCACCAACGUAA